AUGGACGGCUACAAUCAUCGCUCGAAGCGUCGUCGUCUUGCCCCGUCGCCGAUGCGGCAGAAGGGUUUCAUCAAGUCGCCCACCGAGUCCUCAUCCGACGAGCUGGCGGCGGGAUCAGAACACGACGAGGUCGAACGCCGUCGCGCCAGUUGGUCGCUGCAGAAAGCCCUGCCUCCCAAGCGGCCCUAUCGUCGGUCCCGCAGUUACAGUGCCUCGGAGAGUCCCGAUGAAUUGACCAUGGAUGCCGAAGACUACUGGCGUUCUCGCGAUCGCGGUCGCAAGUCGCCAUCGGAAGUGAGUGUGGAAGCUUCGUCGGAACAUUAUCCCGGCGAGGACGAGGACGACGGGGAGGAGGAUGAGGAUGAGGCAGAAGACGAGGCAUCUGAACAGACAGGAGAUGUAGAGGAUGCCGAUGUGGCAAGGGUGAUAGGGGAGCGGCCGGAGGAAGACAGGGAGGAAGAGGAAGAGGAAAGGGAGGAGGAAGUACAAGAGAACCAUCAGAUGCGGGAGGUGCCUGACGGAGACGAGAUGGAGGUCGAGGAGAUUGGUGGCGAGGGCGACGAGCCGGCUAUAGUUGCGGAAGCCGAUGCAGAUGUUGAGGCAGAACAGACAUAUUCCGAUCGAUCUCCCACACCGGUGCCUCCGCCACCACCACCACCGCCACCUCCACCACCCAAGCCGGACAAAUUGAACUACCAGUUGAAAUUCCUGCUCCGGGGCCAUCUCCGGGGUGUCUCCGCCGUGCAGUUCUCCCCCGAUUCGUCCAUGAUCGCCAGUGGUGGUGCUGACGGGGCGGUCAAAGUGUGGGAUACGCAGAGCGGCAAGUUGAUCCACACGUUCGAGGGCCAUCUGGCUGGUAUCUCAACCAUCGCGUGGGGACCGGAUGGUGCUACGAUCGCGUCGGGGUCGGAUGACAAGACCAUUCGUCUGUGGAAUGUGCUGACCGGCAAGGCGCACCCGAUCCCCUUUGUGGGCCACCACAACUACGUCUACCAGAUCGCGUUCUCGCCAAAGGGAAACAUGCUGGUCAGCGGCUCCUACGACGAGGCGGUCUUCCUGUGGGACGUGCGAUCGGCCAGCGUGAUGCGGUCACUCCCAGCGCACUCGGACCCAGUAGGAGGUAUCGAUGUGGUCUGGGACGGCACACUGCUGGUGUCGUGCGCGACGGAUGGGCUGAUCCGCAUCUGGGACACGGCAACUGGUCAGUGUCUGCGCACGCUGGUGCACGAGGACAACCCGCCGGUGACAGCGGUCAAGUUCUCACCCAACGGCAAGUUCGUGCUGGCGUGGACGCUGGACGACUGCGUGCGGCUGUGGAACUACGUCGAAGGCCGUUGCAUCAAGACCUACCAGGGACAUCGCAACCGGACGUACAGUCUCUCGGGGGGAUUCGGCGUCUACGGCACGCGCGGCGGCACGGCACCACCGGCUGCUUUCGCCGUCAGCGGUAGCGAGGACGGGGCCGUGGUGUGUUGGGACGUGGUGAGCAAGAAGAUCCUACAACGACUCGAGGGCCACGAAGGAGUGGUGCUAGGAGUAGACACAGCGGUGAUGGGCACACAGUAUCUGAUGGUCAGCUGUGGCAUUGACGGGACAGAUAGAGAGGAUACCAUGAUGGCGAACGCGACACCAACACCGACGACCUAG